AUGGAUCCAUUGGAGCAAAGCCAUAUUGCAUUAAGAGGAGAUGUUGACUCGAUGAAAAAUCAGAUAGACCAACUUGUAGAGGCUAUGAUGGCUUUGGCAAAGAGGGAGGACAACAUUCAGCAAGCUGCAGUUAUCGAAAAUGUUAUUCUAGCUCCAGUAAAUGAUCCUAUCCAGCCUCAGCAUGUGCAAACCCCAGUUAAUAACUCGGUUGUACAAGAACGUCAUAUUGUUCGAAAUAAGGGUUCCUCAUAUCAUGAUGGUGUUGAGUAUCAUAGCUUUGCAUUCUCCGUGCCAGAUUCCCAUGGGACAAGCCUUGUGGUUAAUACUGAACAACUACAAGAUGAUGAGAUUGCUAAAAGAUGUUGCGUUCUAGAGAAAAGACUCAAGGCCAUAGAAGGACAAGAUACUAUUGAACAAAGUGCUUUAGACAUGUGUUUGGUACCUGGCCUAGUUAUACCUGCAAAAUUCAAAGACAGUUUGACUGGGGCAUCGUUGAGUUGGUAUAUGAAGUUAGAAAGGAGUCACAUUCACUCAUGGUUGGACCUAGCUAACUCCUUCUUGAAGCAGUACAAAUACAAUUUGGACAUGGCUCCCGAUCGCAUGCAGUUGAAAGCCUUAUAUAAGGAAAACAACGAAUCCUUCAGAGGGUAUGCCCAAAGAUGGAGAGAAUUAGCAGGUCGUGUUGAACCACCACUCUUAGACAAAGAAGUGAUGGAAUUAUUCAGGGAUACCUUGCAAAGUCCUUACUUCGAAAGAAUGAUUAGCAGUGCCGCAUCAGACUUCACUCACUUGGUGUCAAUUGGAGAACGCAUCGAGAAUGGCCUCAAAAGUGGAAAAAUCCAAUGCGCCUCAAAUAGCCAGAGCAUUGAGAGUGAAUCUAUGGCCAAUUCCCCAAAGGAAGAAGAGGCUGAAAUUAACGCAGUCUGGGAAACUCCACAAGCUUCACACCAGACAUCAUUCUCUCUACAUGAUCAGUAUCCUACAACUCAAGGACCUCCUCAAUAUCAACAACAGACUCCACCUCAACAGCCAUACAAAUGGCAGAAUACUCCGCAUCAGCAUCGUCAGCAUGCUCAACAAAGGCCAAGGAAGCCAGAGAGACACAUCGAUCCGCUUCCAAUGCCAUACAGUCAAUUACUUCCAUAUUUGAUUAAGAGGGGAUUGAUAGUGCCAGAGGAGCUAAAACCAGUCAGUCCUCCAUAUCCACCAGGCUUUGACGCCAAUGCUCGAUGUGACUUCCAUGCUGGGGCACAGGGGCAUUCAACUGAAGGUUGCAAAGUGCUUAAGAGUAAAGUACAAACCCUGCUUGAUUCCAAGAUGUUCUCAUUUGCGCCUCGAAGCUUGCAAAUCAGUAAUACUACUUCGCCUAGCUGUGCGAGUCCAUCAGUCCAAACGGUGGAGGAGAUUUCCGAGAGUAAGUCUGAAGAUGAUUAUCAUACUAGUCUCGACGAGCAGAACUACCACCACUAUGAAGAAGGAUAA